AUGCCAUCGUUGAAAAUGAAGACAAAACUAAGUGGGGGCUCUUUAGGGGAAAGAAGUCUUGGUGUGUGUCAGACGUCCAGUGUUAUAUGCAAGAAAUCAUGCGCUAAUGUCCACACGGUUUCUCCUUUAUCAGAGGCUGAUCUUUGUAUUCAGAAAUGUCAAGAUGAUUGCGUUUCAUCGAGUGAGGACAUGCAUUCUCCGGAAACCGAUGGUGUUGAAGUCCCUGAUCAGCAAAAACUGUCACAUCAUGGGAACUCCCAUUUUCAGACAUAUGAUUCUAGUAUAGAUUCUGGAACCAUUGUGAAGAUGGAUUCUACACAUAGCUGCACAGCUGACUUGGAAACCAUUUUUUCCCCGGCUUUGGAACCCAUUUGUAUAUACAACAUGCCCAACAUAGACGAGAAUCCAGGAGGCAAAAGUAAUCUUAUCUUCUCAGGGUUGGGAAUUGAUGGAAGGGAUAGUCAUAUAAGAUUAUCUGAUUAUCAGAGCUGCAACAUCUCAGAUUUCUCUAUCUCCGAAAUGAUUAUCUCUAACCUACCAUAUGAUGGGAAUGCAAUAGAUAGUCAUCUCUAUGAGAGUGAAGCUUUUCCUGAUUACAGAUGUGCUGAGCCAAGUAUGUUGUUUGAUAUGGCUCAGGAGUGCUUGAUACUCCCUUUUCUUGAGGAUACUGCCAAAUUGACAAAUUCCAAUGAUCUGAAAUCAGGUGAAGAGGCCAUUGAAGGUGGUCCAGAUGAUGCUGACUUAUAUACAGCUAUCAGUCAGAUAAGAACCUAUAACCAGGAAUGUGAUCCUAUCGCCAACUCUGAUCAGGCAGAUGAUUUUGAUCCCCAGUUCUUUAUCAGAACUCUACCUGAAUUAUCAGAAGUUGUAUCAAAUUUUCAAACAAGCAUGUUCCCGAAAGAUACUCAAAGGAGGAAGUCAAUAACAUUAGUACUCGACUUGGAUGAAACACUUGUUCACUCUACAUUGGAACAUUGUGUGGAUGCCGACUUCACUUUCACCGUGUUCUUCAACAUGAAAGAGCACACUGUAUUUGUGAAGAAGAGGCCUCACCUACAUACGUUCCUGGAGACAGUUGCUGAGAUGUUUGAGAUUGUCGUCUUUACUGCAAGCCAAAGCAUAUAUGCAGAACAACUUUUGGACAUACUGGAUGCUGAAAAGAAACUCAUAUCUCGCCGGAUUUAUCGGGAGUCAUGCAUAUUUUCAGAUGGCACCUAUACGAAAGAUUUGACAGUGUUAGGUGUUGAUCUUGCCAAAAUUGCCAUAAUUGAUAAUUCUCCACAGGUUUUCAGGUUGCAAGUAAAUAAUGGGAUUCCUAUUAAGAGUUGGUUUAGUGAUUCUUCAGAUCGUGCUUUACUAUCAUUACUGCCCUUCUUAGAGACCUUGGCUGAUGCUGAUGAUGUCCGCCCAAUAAUUGCAAGGAGAUUCGGUGUUGUGAGGAAUGGCUUUAUGUGUAGGGUAUUCUAUAGCAUGUUCUGUUCUACAGGACCAUUUUUCACAGGGAGUUUCAAUACACAUUUGUAA